AUGCCCAACGACCCCAACUACCCGGAAAAGGCAGGGACGGUAAUGGCGUCGGACGAUAGCCAUACUGACGUCAAGAUCGAGCCGGGGUGGGAGAACACUCCGGCCAAGAUCUCGGUCAAGCCUGGCUCGUCUGACUACGAGCUGCUUCCGAUGUCUCUGCCGCCCGAGGGAGUGGAAGACAUGCUGACGCUGACGGAUUUGUACGUCGGUGCUCUGCUGCACAACCUCAAGAUCCGCUACAACAAGGACCUCAUCUACACGUACAUUGGCCAGAUUCUGGUGGCGGUCAACCCGUUCCGCGCAGUCAAGGACGCCGAGGGUCUCUCUAUCAUUGGCGAUGAGUACAAGGAGCGGUACCAGGACUGCGAGUUUACCAAGCUCGCGCCGCACACCUUUGCCAUCUCGGACGAGUGCUACAAGAUCAUGAUGGCGGAGCAGGCGAACAUGUCGGUGGUCAUUUCGGGUGAGUCGGGCGCCGGCAAGUCCGAGUCGACCAAGCACGUGCUCCAGUACCUCGCCCACCGGUCGUCGGUCCAGGCCGGUGGCGAGGUCUCUUCCAUCGAGUCGCAGAUUGUUAUGACCUCGCUCGUGCUUGAGGCCUUUGGCAACGCGUGCACAACGCGGAACAACAACUCGUCGCGGUUCGGCAAGUUUGUGCAGGUCCAGUUUGUCGACGGCAUCAUCAAGGGAGCCAUGAUUGAGCAGUACCUGCUCGAAAAGUCGCGCAUUGUCAUGCAGAACAAGGACGAGCGAAACUACCACAUCUUCUACGACAUCUUCUUCUACGACGCCGACGUUGUCAAGAAUGAGUGGCACCUGACCAAGUCGACCGAUUACAAGUACCUCAACGGCGGGAAGCGGCCGAUUGCGCCAGGCAUCGACGACGAGGAGGACUUUACCACCAUCGUCGUGCCGUACAUGCGCGAGCUCGGCAUCGACGACGCCCAGCAAAAGGAGAUGUACACCGUUCUCGCCGCCAUCCUCCACAUUGGCGAGAUCGAGAUGAAGGAGAUCCUCGGCGAUGACGGCGAGCCGGCGUCCGAGGUCAAGGACUCGGGCUCGCUCGACACCGUCGCCCACCUCCUGCAGGUCGACAAGGACGCGCUGGCCUUUGCCAUGUGCCACCGCGAGAUCACUGUCGGCGACCAGGUCAUUACCAAGCAGCUCUCGCCAGAGCAGGCGCUCGACAACCGCGACGCCUUUGCCAAGGGCAUCUACCAGUCGCUCUUCGAGGACCUCGUUCACCGCAUCAACAACACCGUCGCCUACGAGCAGUCCGAGGACGCCUGGAUCGGCGUCCUGGACAUCUUUGGCUUUGAGCACUUUCACCUCACUCGGCCCAAGAACGGCGAGCUGUACCCCAACAACUCGUUUGAGCAGUUCUGCAUCAACUUUGCCAACGAGAUGCUGCAGAACUUUUUCAACGAGGCCAUCUUCAAGCAGGAGAAGGCCCUCUACGACGCCGAGGGCAUCCCAGUCGACAACAUCGAGUUUGACAACAACGAUCCGUGCAUCGACCUCAUUCUCGAGCAAAUGGGCAUUCUCGACGAGUUCUCCACCGGCCCGCGCAAGCGGACCAACCAGGAGCUCCUCGAGCGGUUCUCCGCCAAGUUUGGCGGCCCACGCCCGCGCCGCCUCAAGAAGACGCAGUUUUACGGCAAGCUGCGCCCCAACAAGUUCCGCACAGACUCGACCGACUUUGUCAUUGCACACUACGCCGGCGACGUCCAGUACUCGGUCUGCCGGGACAACCUCAACGACCCGAGCGUCGAUCCCGAGACCGCCGGCUUCCUCGAGAAAAACAAGGACAAGAUGGUUGACCUCUUUGUCACCCUCGUCCAGAACUCGGGCCUCGGCUACCUCUCGUCGCUCUUCGCCCAGCACAAGGCGACCAAGACCGUGGCCUUUAUCUUCCGCACCUCACUCAAGUCGCUCAUCACCAAGCUCCGCUCCACUAUUCCGUUCUUCAUCCGCUGCGUCAAGCCGAACCCCGACAAGAAGGCCCGUCGGUUUGUCAACGACAUGGUCCUGGCCCAGCUCCGUGCGGCAGGCAUGCUCGAGACCAUCAACAUCCGUAACGCUGGCUACCCGCAGCGUAUGACGCCCGACAAGUUCAUGAAGCGGUACAAGCUCAUUGUCCAGCUGCUGGAAGACAUCUCGGAUGCCACCCCGCCCGAGGAGGCCACUGCCGCUAUCCUCGACUGGGUCCACGCCAAGUACGCCGACGACUUUGGCCCCACGCCGUGGCACAUGGGCACGACCAUGGUGUUCAUGAAGGAGCGCCUGCUUCGCUGCCUCGAGGCUGAGCGCGCCGACGCCAAGGCCAAGAUCGACGCCAUCAAAAAGGUCGGCCUCGAGCAUCUGCAGGCACUCCACCGCAUGUGGCUCGCCCGGCGCAAGCUCCCGCGCCUGGUCGAAGAGUACAAACGCAACGAGAAGCGCAUCGAGCGCAUCCGCGAGCUCGUUGCCCAGGGUCACUCUCUCGAAGAGGCCAAGAAGAUCCUCGCCGCCGAGGAGGAGGCCGAGCGCAAGGCCCGCGAGGACGCCGAGCGCGAAGCCGUCCUCGAGCCCAUCGCCGCCGUCGCCAACCCCGCGCUCCGUGACGUCGACGAGCUGCUAGAGACGCUCAAGCGUGUCGCCCAGGGCUCGCACGACCCCGCGCAGGUCAAAGACGUCAAGGCUCGUGUCGCCGCCCUCGCAAAGUCGGCCAAGCUCGCCGCAGAGGGCAUUGCCAAGCUCUCUGCGGGCACGGUCUUCCGUGAUGAGGGCACCGUCACCCGCGUCACCAAGCUCGUGUCCAACCUCGAGGACCUCGUCCAGGUCGAGCGCAAGGCCGCUCCGGCGUCCGAGGAGGAGAUGCAUGCGUUCAUUGAGGAGGAGGCCCGUCGCAAGGCCGAGGAGGAGCGCCGUCGCAAGGAGGAAGAGGCCCGCAUCGCCGCCGAACGCGCUCGUCGGGCCCGUGCUCGCGUCCUCGCAGAUAAGCUCCGCCAGGACGCCAAGGCCCGCGCCCAGCGCGAGCGAGCCGCCCGCAAGGCCGAAAUCGCCCGCGUCCUCGCCGCCCGCAAGCGCAAGGCCGAAAUGGAGGCCGCCGUCAAGAUCGAGCAGGAGCGCAUCCAGCGGACCAUCAACGCCGCCCGCGCCGAGCACGAGCGCCUUGAGCGCGAGCGCGAAGAGCUGCUGGCCCAGAAGAAGAAGAUGGACGAGGACGCCGCACGCGCCCGCGCUGCCGCAGAGAAGCAGGCUGCCCAGCAGCGGACCAUCCAGGCCAAGAAGGAGCGCAUCGCCCAGAAGCAGGCCAAGCGCCGUGCCCGCGUCGAAGAGGCCAAGGAGUUUGCCAAGACAGAGGUCCUCCGUGGCACUCGCGUGCUGUGGAAGGGCAAGCGCGCCACCAUCCGCUACUGUGGUCGCCUGCCCAUUGCCGACUCGGACGACGUCUGGCUCGGCCUCGAGAUGGACAAGAAGCUCAAGAACGGCAUUGGCAACGACGGCUCGUGUCUCGGCGUUCAGUUCUUUGUCUGCGCCGCGGGCCGUGGCCUCUUUGUCCGCUCAGAGCGCGUCUCCGUCGUUCGCACAGACGUUUCCAAGGACGUCGGCGUCCGUGUCGUCGCAAAGGGUCAGCGCGGCACUAUCCGCUACGUCGGCGAAGUGUACGGCCAGGACGGAACCUGGGUCGGCAUCGAGCUCGACAAGGUCGGCUGCGGCAAGAACGACGGCAUGGCCCACGAGCACCGCUACUUUACCUGCCCGCCCAAGACCGGCAUCUUUAUGCGGCCCGACGCCGUCGACGUCGUCGAGCCCUGGUCCGAUGAGGCCGUCCACGCAAAGCUUCUCGACUACUGCGUCGAGAACAACAUGCUCUCGGACUCGGACCUCCGCGAGCUCAUCCGCCGGACCCGCGAGGAAAUGGCCGACACCCACGGCGCGUCGGGCGCCGCUGCCUCGGCCAAGCCCACAAAGUGAAGUGACUGCCGCCAAUGAACGACCGAGCAAGUGC